AUGAAGAUUUACAGAAAAAAAUGGAAAAGACAGAAAGAAAUAAAGGGUAAUUAUUUACAACAUAUUAAUUUCACGUGUUCCUAUCAACACGAAUCCUCUAGUUUGGCUGCAUGGGGAGAUUCUUCCAAUCUCCCCGCGAAUUUGAGAAAGAUUGCCGACGUAGAUAUCGCUAAAUACACCCAAGACAACUGGGAGGAAUUGAGACACGAAUGGGAACCUUACGCCAAGAGAGACACUCUCUGUUUGGGAGCUUGUUUGCUAAAAUACAACCAAGUCAUGAAAGAAGUUGUAAACCAGAAUAUAUCCAAUAAUCUAACGGCUCCAUCUUUAUCUUUAAAGGGUUGGUAUUAUUUAUAUCAUUACGAUAAAGAAAUGGUUGAAGAAGAAUGGUAUGAAACUACUAGAAUGGUUGCGAAACAUACCGAAAAAGAAAAUAUAGAAAAAGUUUAUUCGCACACUAAUCCUUUUAUAAGAAAUUUUAUCAGACGAUCUAUUAAAGGAGGAAGAGUUUCGGCAAAUAGAAAAUCAUUUGAAACGAACAAAAUGGAUGAAAUUUGUAACGUAUUAAAGGAAUAUACAGAACUUGAAACUAAAGAUAAAAUCACUUUCACGAAUAAAGAAGGUAAAAAGGAAACUGGCACUAAAAUCAGGUUCAGAAAUGGUUUCUGUCACGACGUAUUAACAUCGGUCGAUAUUCAAGAAAUAGUGAAAGCCGGUGGAAGAAUUAUUAGAAUAUUAGAUGGUAUAGUUUACGAAGAAAAUUUUAAAACUCCACCCUAUAGAAAUUAUAUUUUAAUUUUGAGAGAUCUAAGAAAUAAAUAUAAACGAGAAGGUAAUAUCGUGGGUAGUAAUUGCAUGAAAUUAUUAGGUAAUUCCUUGUAUGGUAAAUCAAUUCGGAAAGAUAUAUUCACAACUAGACAUUUAUGGAAUGAAGCAACUUUACAGGCCAACUUUGAUUCACGUGUUAAAACCUAUGAGAAAAUUAAUGAUACUCAAUAUAUUGUUGAAACAGAAAUUGAAGAAAAAGAGAUUACUACCGAAGAUAGUAAAUCUACACGACUAACACCUAGUCAUUUGGGAUCAUUCGUUUUAACUCACAGUAAAAAAAUAAUGAACAAUAUCAUUCACGUCAUAAAUGGAUUUUAUAAACCCGAAAUAUACUAUACCUACACCGAUAGUUUGUACAUUUCGUCCAACAAUUGGAAAAAACUAAACAGAGCUGGUUUGGUCUCCGAAAAAGACUAUAGCAAAGGUAAAAACGAUUGCGGUGACGGUGGAAUUAUAUUUGGUUUAUACAGUUUGAUGUGUCGAACGAAUUUAAGAAACCAUGGGAAAAAAGUUUCACCAAUGGAGUAG